AUGGAACAUAUUCAUAAAGUAGAAUCUCUGUUUAUGUUCUAGUUAUUAGCAUUACAAUUUGAUUUUUAUUUUGUAUUAUAAAUCAACAAAACAUAAAACAUAGAAGAAAGAAUUUUUUAGCUUAGUAUUCAAUUGAAUUAGACAAUAUGACUGUAUAAAACGUAUUAAGUAUUCUUGUUCCAAGAUUUGUAAGAUUAUAAUUAUCGACUGGUAUUUAUUCAAUUCAAUACAAGAAGCUUAGAUGGGCCAAUAAUAUUUUCUUAAAUUUGUGGUUUUGAUACUAUUCUGAAAGAAGAAAGCAAAAAUGUUGUAUUAAUGUUAGAUUCUUUAUUUAGAUUAUAGGAUAAUUUAGGCAUUUAAUAUGAGUGUGAAUAAGCUUUUAAGUAAGCCAGACAUGAAAUUAAAUAUUGCUCCAAAAAACCGAAAAGGCUAAGGGAGGAAUAAUAUAUAUUUAUGUAGAUAAUAUGA